AGAUAGCUCUCUACUUUACUCUUUACUUUAAAGUAAUAAAUCACUUUUUAAUCAUAUAUAGCAUUUGUUAUUUGAUCUUAUAUUGUUAAUUUCUUUCACCAUUCUAUGCAAACAAAAAUUUUUACAAAUUCUAAUUUUCCUUUCAAUUUUUCGGAAUUUUCGAAUGCCCCAUCAAUCUUUUUUAAUAUUUUGACAAUGUAACUAUACACGUUCAUAUAAAUCAUUCUAUUAUAUUGUUUAACUGACAUUGCUUUUGUUAUGACCCCGUCUUUUGUAUUCCUCCGUAAAGAAACGCACACAUGAAUACAUACAUUCUCUUAUGCAUUUUAUAUGUGUAGUAAAAGACGCAGGUAGAGAAUACCAGUAUACCGUCCAGAUGGGAUUUAAAAACGGCCUCAGCAAAUCACGUUGCAGCUAUAGGAUGGAGACAUAGAAUCCGUAUACCUGUGGACUCACCACUUCGACUGAACGUUAUAAGUGAAAGCUCAGUUUAAAUGCAGACAUCACGCUACACGCUCUUUCUAGAAGAUUUGGAUUGCGAUAGUUCUGAAAUGAUCAAUCAUCAUAUGCGACAUAAUCUUCUGGAAGAAUUUGAUAAUUUACGACAUAUAUAAUUUUCUGAGAGUUUGAAAUUAACGUGUUACAAUACGUAUAUCAAUCAUGAAGAAACCAAUUUUGUACAAAGUUGAGACAUACAUUGUGCCUAGAAUGGAGAACUUAUCAAUAAUUAAUGAGAUCGAUGAUCUCAAGAUCGCAAAUCAAUUUGAUAUCAAGAGCGAAAGCAUAUUCGAGAAGAGUACGCAAAAUGAGAAAGAUACGUCGCUCACUUCAAAUAAUAAAUACGAAGAAACCAUGAAGUUUUCCACUGAAGAUAGCACAUUGAUUGGUAUAAAACUCGUGAAAGGCAUAACGAACGAGAAUGACACUCUAUCCAUUCGCGACGAACAUUUGGAUAAUGAUAUCAUUAAAUAUUAUAACAACGCGAAUUCUUGUCGUUCUAACGAACGUGUACGAAAAACGGAAUUUCAAGCAUCAAUUGGACCACAGGAGUCAUUGUAUCCUGCGAAACAGGACGAACAGUUUGAUGUCGAUUGA